GGUUAUCGCACUGUGGCCAAGGCUUAGCCUACUGAUAAACAUCUUAUAAGCAACACGGACAAAUCAGCGAUACUGUGAUUCAUACCUGUGAUAUAGACUGAGAAGCGGUCCUGGGAAAAACCUGUGGCUAGCUGAUCCUGCAACUGCAGAUUGCGACUAAGGAUGACCCACUGUAUAGGUGUCAAUGACCACAACUGGAAGUAGUCCCUUCCCUUGAUAAUGCAAUUUUUUCACUAAGUAAACAUUAUCAGAGUCAGUUACUGGGAUUGGUUUAAGAGGAAGUGUGAGCUUGUGUUCCCUUGCUGUUUACUUCUCAAUUAAAUGCCUGAGACAUGGAGGAAGGCCUCCUGUCAUUGAAGUGGAAUAACCACAACUCCACUUUCUUCCAAAACCUCUCAGUCUUGCGGGAAAAGCACACAUAUACAGAUGUGACAUUAGCUUGUGAUGGGAGGUUGUAUCCGGUGCACAAGUUCAUUCUUUCAACUUGUAGUGAAUACUUCAGUGAUAUAUUUACUUCUAAUAGUGGUAAUAAUAUCGUUAUAGUUCUGAAAGAUGUGAGGAGACAAGAUUUGGAAUAUUUACUUGAUUACAUGUACCUGGGACAAGUAGAUGUUGCUCAGUCAGAACUGUCUAGCCUUAUAAAAACCGCGGAGUGCCUUAAAAUCAAGGGUCUGGCCAUCCCGGAUGAUGAGCCCCAAACACCAUCACGGAGGGGUACUGACGAAAGAGAUCCAGACUCCAGCCCUCCCUCCAAAAAAAAGCGACACCAUGCGGACGAAAACAGAACUGUGGGUGCGUCUAGUAAUAAUAGUAACAAUAUUUCCAGUAGGGUUCCACCUAUUCUCGCCAUUCCACCCCCAUCCUUGCCACCUCACACAGUGCAACAGCAACAAGCACUGCUCCAGAGAUUACAAGUGCCGGUUAGUCAAUCCCAGCAUCCACCUACCUCACAACCUAGUGGUAAAGUGCAUUCUUCAAGCCUGACACACAUUGCAUCACCACGAACUCUGCAAGUAACCACAGGUUCGGCCCAUCCCUCACAUGUUCCACCUCUUUCUUCACCGACACAACCCAGUUCGAUGCCACUCAUAAAGCAAGAGGUGACAGAACCCCCAGAGAGCGAAUAUGGAAAUGAAAGUUUUGAAGAAUCUAAACCUGAUGUUUCUGAAUCUCAGCAUUUGGAACAGGACAUGGCUGUUGCAGGACCUUCAGGCAUUCAAGGGCCUGCUGAUAACUGGGAUGGGGAAAGUGACCUUAGUGGAUAUGCUGGUGGAGAGGCAUAUCCAGAAGGAGGAAUGGAAGAGUCCGGCGACUCGGAGGCACAGGGGGUGGCGGACAUGGAGAGGAAGUACAAGUGCGAGUGGUGCGGGAAGGGAUUUAGACUCUCCGUCCAUCUGAAGGAUCAUGUCAGGACCCACACGGGGGAGAAGCCUUACCAGUGUCCAAUAUGCCAAAAGGAUUUCACACAGCGGUCUAAUUUGAGGACGCAUCUCAACAAGAUUCACAAGGAACAAUUAGCAUAUGUUAAGAACCGCAAGGGCAGAGUAACAAAAUUUCCUGUAAAACAUGAUUAUAAUCCAAGUAUAGUUUCCCCUACUGGUAAUAAUAGCAAUAGCUUUCCUCAUCAUAGUCCCUCAGCUGAUAUGAAAAGACUAGUGUACAACACUAGUGAUCUUCCCAAACCAAUCCUCCCAAAACCUUGUUUACCUGACCAUUCUGUUAUGCCUUUCCUUUCUAAGGAAACGGUUAGUUUUUUACAAAGGGAUGAACUGACAGUGCUCUAUAAGGACAGUAGUUCAAAUAAUACAGAAGCAGAGAAACAUUUGCCAUUGUCACAGCUCAUGUUUCAGCAUCCACCUGAUGGAGAGUCACAAGUAUAUCCUGUAGAUCCUCAUGUCAUAGAAGUAGAUUCCAAAUCUUUGGUUAAUAAAGACACUGUAGUACAACAGCCAGUCAUUGCAAAAGAGACUGCUUUGAAAUCUCCUCAGAAAGAAACUUUGUUAAAAGCCUUACUUCUUAAAGGAUCUACUACAUCAGAGGUUGCGAGUGUUAUGCAACAAGUAAUAACUCCUCCUGGAGCUGGUCCUUCAACACCUUCCAUAGUAUCAUCAACACUACCCUCUACUCUAAUUCCUUGCUCGCUUUCUUCAUCGGUAACCUCUCACUCUUCAGCAACAUCAGGUUCUGGUGAGGAACGAAUUCUUGUCAUGGACUCGUCUAUGGUCAAACUUCCUCGUGAUGUUGCUGUCUCACGUAGUAGCCUCCUCUCUCCAGUUGAUAAAGGAGAAUCUUUUGUUGUUAUAGAAGCCUCUGGAAUGGCUUCACAGGAAGGUGCUUUGGUUACAACAGAUUCACAAGAUCAGCCACAAAUAUCAGAGGAAAUGAAAAUCCUAUUGCAAGCUAUCCAAAUAAGAGAUUCCCAAGAUCAUGGACAAUCAGGCCCUCCCAGUACUCCAUCAUUGAUAGUAAAGCCAACCACGACAGUUUCAGCUCCAGUGACUAAUGUAGUUUCUGGGCAUGUAAUUAGUCAUACAUUAGCUGUACCAACUCCUGGACCUCCAGCAGUGUCAGGAGCUGCGCUCCAGAGAAUUUCUCGUUUCUUACAUGAAAAAGAGUCGGCUAAGAAGUCUCCCAGUCAUUCUGUCACAGUCAGGAAAACUAAUCACAUCCCUGAUCACUCACAGAAACAGAGCCCUAUUUGUGAGCAAGAAUCUAUUCCUGUAUCCACUAAAAUAGGAGCUGACUCGGUGAAACCAUUGCCCCUCUUGCGACAAAUGUCCCCACCACACGUGCCCAUUACAGCUCCUCUUCCUGUACCCUCUUCAUUAAAAGUUGACCCUUCACCCAUACCUGGUGCCUCAGUAUCUUCACAUAUAGAAAGAAGGAAGCCUUUUCAAAUACCAACAAGUAGGAUAGGCAGUAAUAUCAGUUUGGAAAGAUCCCAUGACAGCAAAGAAUCCAAUGCAAAGGCAAAAGGUCAUCGAAGUGAAAGUGAAACAGUGCCUCAAACUAAGUAAGGUUUUGAUAUAUAUGAGUAGUUCAUAGCAGGUUAGUUUAAUGUUCUUCAAAUGGUUCGUUAAUUUCUAGGAUUGUCAGCCAUCACAUGAUUUGAUGUUUUCAUUUCAGAAAAAUCAUUUGUUCCACCUGUCAUCUUGUGCCUUCUUUUUUUCCUUUCACAAGUGCAAUGUAUGGAAUUUUUUUUCUUCAUUUUACAGACAUUUAUCACUACUUCAUUAAAGGUAUUGAAUAUUGUAAAAAUACCUGACCUUGGGAAGUGUCAUUUACUUAUAAAUCAGCCAUUCAGAAUUUCUUGGAAAUAAUGUUCUACCAUGGUUAUGCUGGCUUUCUAUUGAUCUAUCCUCUUGUGUUUUGUGCCUUAAAGUAUAACACUAUAUCUUUGCCUGCAUCAAUGAUAGAUCAGCAUUUUGGGCCUUGAGUGUUUAUAUCUUUGUAUCCUCAUUGCAAUGCUGUCUGUGCAAGCUGGAGGGAGGAAACCCACAUUGCUUUUAUAUAGCCUAUGUAUGAUGCUAUUGCUCAUAUGAAUAUGUUGCCUGAUAAACAGCCUUAUAUCUUGAAUCUUUCUACAAUACACAUGCUUGCUUGAUUAAGUCUUACUACAUCGAUACAUAUCGCUCUAUGUGCCAGCUUGUCUGUAUAUAUAAGGCUCUUAUUUUUUUUAUGCCCAAUCAUACUUGGUUUCUUUGAAGACAAGUAAGAAACUGUCCUCUUAUUCAGGCAAAACUGUGGACUUCUCAAAAAUAGAUGAAAGUCAAGUACUAGCUGCUUUCAUUUUGCAUAUUGGAAAUGUAAGUGGUAUUGCUUUUGCAAAUAUUCUUCCAUGUAUAAAGAAUGCCAUGUGGUUUUAAGAAGACUGUCUGUACUGGUGUUUAUUGUUGCAGCUUGUAUAGUUAUAUUGUAGUUUCAUUUGUUAAGUGUACAGUAUUUUUACAUAAUCUUGAAAGUUUUGUGAUAUGUAAUAUAUGUACAGUAAAAUCUUGAGAAAUUCCUCUUGGUUAUGUUUGUUCUUUAUGAUAAAGACUUGAUUUUAUCAUGUCGGAAGUAUUUACCAGUUAAUUUUUUCCUAGUUAUUUUUUUCCUAAGUUAUUCAUAAUUUCACGAAAAAUACUGUUUGAAUUAAAGUAAAUCAAUGUAUCAUUUCAUUGGCAUUGUUUUUUGCUUAUAUUAUUAUCAGAACCAAAGUAGUAAAUUAGCAUGGUAAUAUUUUAUUGUGAUUUUGAGUACGCAGUAUGUUUGUUUAUGUAUAUACUCUUUGUAUGUACGAAGGUAUAUACUUGUGUACCAAUGUAUGCAUGCAUAUUUUGUGAAUACUGUACAGUACUUCAUACUUUAGAAAGUGGCAUUGAUAUAAAAAGAUUGAGUGAAUGAUUGAGAAUUUAUUUGUAGUGUUUAUUUGUAUUUUGUUACAGAGAUCUUGUAUUUUGAUGUUAUAUCUUAAGAAAAUAAUAUAGAGAGCAAGUUUGAGGUAGGAGAUAAAAUUUUUAGUGCUGGAAAAAUGUUAGUGGAGAGAAUGUAGUAGAUAAAAAUCUAUAGUGCUGCAAAACUUAUACGUAGUGAAGAGAAUUGCCUGGUGAAUACUGGAAUGAAAUUCUGUGCGUUUCAGUUUUUAAACUGACCAAUGUCCUUCUUUCCUUGACGUCAUGGUCUAAAAGUGCUGGAAUUGAGAAUAUUUAUAUUUUUAGUUGAUCUUUUGUGACAAGUGGAUAUGUUAUAGAUUUCCAUGUUAUUAAGACUUCUGUUUAAUUUUAAAUUAAUGAAUUUUUGGCUUAGUUCAAAGUUAUCUAGUAUGAACUGAAAAGAAAGUCAAACCCCUUAGUAUUAAAAUAUUGAAAUCAUUAUCUGAUUUUCCUAUUUAUUACUAAGGAUUCUUUUGAAGUCAAGUUGCUGGUUGCUGGCUAUUUUAAUGGUCAAAAAGCCGAAUAUUAUCCAAUCGUUUAUUCAAAAGUUAAAGAAUUUACUCUGCAGUUGUUUUCUUUAUAGGUUUUCUGAGUAUUUUUUAAAAGAAAAAUUUGACUAGCUGAAAGGCUUUUAGACGCAGAACCUUUUUGUAUUAUUCUGUAGCUCUAUUGGUGAUGGGGAUCCAUGGUUCAGUAAGGGACAUGAAUUUUAAGAUGGUCAGAAUGGUCAAUAGUAGACGAUUUUAUUUAAAAACUUGGAAUUUUUUUGAAGAAGUGCCUUAGAAGAAAAAUGGCAAACUAGUCUUUAGAAUAUUCAUUAUUGUACUUAGCUGUUUGCAGUUUAUGGGUGAAAUGGUAAAGGUCUUGACCUGGAGAGAAAAAGAAGUGUGUGCAUGAAAUUUUUUUAUAUAUAUAGCUUUUUAAGAAGUAGAGAAAAAUCUGUUUAGGUUAAAGUAUAGGAAAUGUACCUGCAUAUUCUUGUCAGGGUAGUGUGAUUGGGAGAGUAUUUUGCUUGUGCUUAGUUUAGCCAGAGACUUAUCCCAGUGCAUGCCACCCCAUGAUGUAUAACAGAUGGUAAAUUGACUCCUCAGUAACCCUUAGAAUUUUACCAUUAUAUUUUGGAAACUUGUAAAUCAAAUAAAAUUCCUCAUGAAUUAACAGCAUGUUUUUUCUAAGGAAAUUUGGUCUGUUUAGCUGGAGCUUUUUAGUGGAAGUUUAUGUUAGUGGUUGAAUUUAUAUGAAAGAAGUUGAGUAGAUGCAAGAAAUGUGAAAAAUGAAUUUAUCCUGUUAAACCAAAAUUAUCCAUUACAUACUUUAUUUAAAAAUGUGCUAAAUCAGGUUUGUUCUCAUGCAACACUGUAGCUUUAUUAAGAGCUAUUUGGUUACUGGAAGUGGUGGUAUAUGAAUUUUUUAAAAUUUGAACAAUUCCAAGAAAAAUAGUUCUCAGCAACUGAAGUUUUGAGAGGAAGUGGAAAGAUGAAUUUUGCUAAUAGAAAGAAUGCUGGAUGACUUUUAACUCCAAAUUGAAGGUGCUUAUUUAACCCCUGCAAGUUUCAUAGUUAUCCUGCAUAAUUCUGUCUGAAUGUUGAGAAUAUGGGAUAACAUUACUUUGUAAUGUUCAUUUUGCAGUGGUUAUAAUCUUCAUUGUUGACUUAUUUGAUGCAAAUCCCCAGAUAUUGUGAAAAUCUUUCAACAUUUUCAGUUGAAAGUAGUAAUUUUUGCAAAUUAUUAUGUAAAUAAAUAAAUAUGUCAUGCCAGCUUGGUAAAAUUUGAGGAUUUCGACUGUCGGUUAAAACAUUAUAAUGCAAAUAAAAAGUACGUAUUCAUAAAGGUAGGAACCGUGCUUGACCUUAUUACCUUAACAAUGUUGUAAGAACAUUAGUGCCAGGAUUCAAAGAGAGUAGAGAGUUGGACCAGCUCUAUAGAAUUAAUAUAGGAAUGGGAAGUUCAGCUGAUAAUUGUAGCUGCAAAAUGAUUAUAUGGAACGCUUUGAUUAUUUUUAUCUGUCUCUGUUAUCUUAUGUACCUCUUAUACAUUCAGGUCUACAUAUUGUGGGAAGAAGAGGAUGCCAUUGACUAUUGCUUUUAUACUGUAUUUUGCUUUACAUUAAUUUUUUGAGUUAUGGUACAAUUAAAUGUUACUGGAAAAAACAUGGAAGUGAUUGUGGUUAAGAUAUUUAGGAAUUAGUUUAUUUUUUUAUAGCUGCUGUUAUGAUGAUGUACUAUAUGCAUCUUUCUAUCAUUCAUCAUUUUUAACAUUGAGUUCUAAAUGUAAAUAUUCAUACAAUACCAUAUUCCUUAAUAAAACCUUACUAUUGCAUAUUAACUCUUAAUUUAUGUUUUUUUUGACAUAGAGAUUUUAAUAUAGUCUUAAUUUACUGGGGGCAAGUUUUUCUUUCAUUUUGAUAAUAAAUAAUUCAUGUCCUUAGUACAUUGCAUUACAGUUCCUUGUCAGUGCUGCAACAUUAGAUCAUAGGUUUUUGUUUUCUAAUUUAAUAAAUACAGUACUAUACUUCUCUCUCUCUCUCUCUCUCUCUCUCUCUCUCUCUCUCUCUCUCUCUCUCUCUCUCUCUCUCUCUCUCUCAUGUACUUGCUUUAACCAUUUACUUCAGGGAAGGUGAUUUUCAUUUCAGUUAUUCAUUAUAGGGUUUUCAAAUCCUAGAUUGCAGAAUGUUGAUAAGUGGAAUACUUGACUGAGAAAUUCAAUGUUUGGAAUUUCCUGUUGGUGGAAGUGUUGAUGUCAUCUUAUUGUAAAAGUACAUCAGUUACUGCUUGCUUUAUAAUAAAGCUGAUGGUGGCAGCACUGGGUGUAAUUUUGUGCCAUUCUGUUUAUUGUGCUUAUGAAAAGAGAGAUAUGAUAAAGUGUAAAUAGCCUUAAAGUACAUUUAAAUACUUUAAUGAAUAUAUAUGAAUAUAGAAAGAGAAUAAGUAAAUAAAGGUAUACUUAUUAGAUGUUAUUUGAUUAUAUUGUUAAAACACCAGCUUUGCUGAAUUGCAAAGGUAUGUAGAUAUUGUAAAUUAAUAAAAUAAUAUGGGA